AUGGGGGAGGGGCUGGUUCAUGAUGCUGCUCGCUCCCGUUUCGUCGGCCACUUGCCGAUACCACCGUCCUCCCGAUGCGUCACCCCGAUUGUCGUUACCGUCGUCCCGCUGCUAGCUACCGUCGCCCCGCUGCUAGCUACCGUCGCCCCGCUGCUCGCUACAGUCGCCCAGCUGCUCAUAUCGUCGGCCCGCUGGUCGCCAUCGUCGCCCCGCUGGUCGCUGUCGUCGUCACGAGAAAAUCAUAUCGUCGCCCCGCUGCUCGCCACCGUCGCACCCAUUCCUGCCUGUCGCUACCGCUCUUCCAACCCUAAACCGCAGAUACUCGCACUUCAAAUGGCUGCCGCCGUUCGCGUCGUCCCACCUUCCGAAGCGAAACAGCUGGUCGACUCCGGUUACGUCUUUCUCGAUGUUAGAACACCUCAGGAAUAUGCAUCUGGGCACGUCGCGGGGUCCUCCAACAUUCCGUUCAUGCUCACCGCUUCUGACGGAUCCAUGGUUAGAAAUGCGGAGUUCCUGGAUCAAGUGAAGGCCAAGUACUCACACGACACGCCCCUUGUUCUGGCUUGCCGAAGCGGAAAGAGGUCAAACAUGGCUGCCAACGCCCUCAGAGAAGUGGGCUACACAUCACUUGCGGAUAUGGAAGCGCCGGCGACGCAUGUAGAAUGCUCCAGUACCCCGGACAACAAAAACCUCUCAUUCCUCUGCAGCGUCCCUCAGGCUGACCUCGCAUGCUCCACCGCACAACCACCAGCGCCCGUCAAUCUGCUAUCGACGUCUCUCAGAGUGCUACCAGCGACGCUUGGUCGCGUGUUCGCGGUGUCGGCGCUGCUGCUCGUCGCGCUCUCCACCGUCUCGCAGUACCGCGAUUUACAAGCAGCCGCGAUAAUGGCGCAGCCGCCCUUCCCCGUGCUGCCACCGUUGGAAGUCCAUCGGCUCGUGGAUGGGCAAGGCUACGUCUACCUGGACGUCAGGACGGCUGAGGAAUUUGCGCAGGUGCACGUGCCGGGCUCCGACCUCAUUCCCUACCUCAUCACCGCACCCGACGGUUCACAGCAGCCUAAUCCCCAUUACCUCCAGCAAGUGAAGGCCAAAUACGCCCUCGACACGCCCCUCAUCGUGGUACACUGCCAUACCCACCUCCCAACCCAUUCCGUGAAGCAUCUCGAGGCGCGUGCCUCACUAUCAUCACGUGCUGCACCUUUUCCCUCAACCGCACGUGGUAUCCACACCGUUCAAGUUCACGAGCUGUACUCCCUUUCUCCCGCCAAAACACCCCCACCCCUCCGCUCCCCAGGCCUGUCGCAGCGGCAGGAGGUCCAACCUGGCAGCGUGGGAGAUGACGGCCCAGGGAUUCACAAGGCUCGUGGAUCUCAAGGGGGGCAUCAUCGCAUGGGAGGAGAGCGGGUUGCCCGUGGUGAGGCACAGCAGCAAGCUUGA